CUCUCUCACAGAGGUGCACUUGUACUUUAUAUAUGUAAAAAUAUUUUUAAGUGCAUGACAAUUGACAAAGCUUACAAAUAUCCCUUCUUUUCAACAACAACAUCAUUGAUGCUUCUCUAUUCUGGGUUAUAUUUGCUUCUCUUUCUUUCUUUCAAAUCAAACAAAAAGUAGGACUAGAUUGGAUCAGAAGAAGAAGAAGCAGAAGUCACCAAGAAGAAGAAGCAGAAGCAGUAGAAGAAGAAGUGAGCAAAGGUACCAAAUGGGUGGAAGGUUUAUUUAUCCUGUAAUUCUAGUCUCCUGCUUGUUCCUCCUGUUGGGUAAUUUCUUCUGUUCAGGUUUGAAGGUGACAAAAAAGGAAAAGAACGUUGGACACAGCAAAGAACACGACCAAGAAAAUAAAGGGCCGAAGUUCCCUAAAACCCUAAUUUCCACCACCCAAAGAGACAUCACUACUCCAAUAACAACAGUCCCUACAAUAACUCCCACAAAUCCCACUUCAUCAACACCAAUUGUGAACCCUAAUUCCAAUCCAGCUGAUUCAACAUUUCCUGUCACAACAACGCCUAGCAUGACCCCAUAUACUGCAACAACACCAUCACCACCUGCAUCCACUGGUUCAAGUUGGUGUGUUGCUAGCCAAAGUGCAUCACAAAUGGCAUUACAAGUUGCUUUGGACUAUGCUUGUGGCUAUGGUGGCACUGAUUGCUCAGAGAUUCAGCCAGGACGAAGCUGUUAUAAUCCAAGCAAUGUCCGGGAUCACGCUUCUUUCGCAUUCAAUAACUAUUAUCAGAAGAACCCAGUUCCAAAUAGCUGCAACUUUGGUGGAACCGCUGUGAUCACGAGCACUGACCCAAGUACUGGAACGUGUCAAUAUCCAUCCACUAGCACAAGUUCAUCAGUCUUGAACACAACAAAUACGAGUGGCUCCACUGUGUUUGGUGCUGUCCCUUCUGGCCCUACUACCUCAGCAGCAAUAGUAGCUGCAAACUCCUCACAUGGCGUGCACAAUUUGUUCAUCGUGGCAUGUUUUCUGGUGUUAACAACAUAAAAUUUCAAUACAUGGAUGGAAACAUGCAUGGAUUCACUUCUUAGUUUUGAAAUGAGAUGAAUCUUGUAAUUGAUAUA